AAGGGGUAUGCCGCUGUCAUAUAUUUCCGAUUUUUAAAUGUUGAUGGUACAAUAAAUGUUUCUUUCAUUUGUGCAAAGUCAAAAGUCUCACCUAUCAAACGCAUGACUCUACCAAAGUUGGAGCUAUGUGCAGCGCUCCUCCUUGCAAAAUUGCUUUCUAUUGUAAUAAAAUCUUAUGAAGGUUCAUUAAAGGUGGAUGAGGUAUUCGCUUGGUCAGACUCAACCGUAGUACUUCAUUGGAUUAGAUCAUCUCCUUACCGCUGGAAAAGUUUCGUGAGUAAUCGUACUGCACAAAUCCAAGAAUUGGUUCCUCCAGAUAGAUGGGGUUAUGUUAAAUCCCAAGAUAAUCCAGCAGAUUGUGCAUCACGGGGUUUGUCUCCUUCCGGUUUGUUAGACCAUUCCUUAUGGUGGGCGGGACCUCCAUGGCUUCAGUCUAUGGAUCCGAUUGAGAAGACUUGUGGUCCACCAAUCAAAGAAAUUCCAACUGAUGAAGAGCGUCAGGUUGUUCUGAGUACCUUCACUUCAUUAAAUGCGUUCAGCAAAGAGUUUUUGGUGAGGAAAUUCAAAAUCUUCGAUCAAAUCGUCCUAUCACAAUGAAAUAUCUUCAGAAACUGAAUCUCUUCAUCGGAAAUGAUGAUAUUUUGCGUGUGGGUGGUCGAUUAUCGUUUUCUGGCCUU